AUGUCGGAUCAGCAUCGUGGAUAUAAUGAUGCAGUCUGGUGGCCUGGUGCAAUUACAGCAACCGACCAAAGUAAUUUGCAUCAUCAGCAAAUCAUUAACCAGCAUCAUCAGCAGAAUCAUAUGCAACAGCAACCCCAACAGCAGAUUCAUCAAGUAGUUGUACAACAGCAGUCACAAGCGUUGAAUGAUUUGAAUCGUGCAAAUAGCACCACUUCCACAGUAGCAACUCAACAAUUAUUUUCAUAUAAAAUGGCCAGUAGUUUCCCUACGUCAGGUGUCACAGUAUCGACAUCAAAUACGCCAGCUGCAUAUGAUUAUCGUUUAGGAAUGGGUUCAAUGAAUCAAACCCACAUACAGAAUGCAAAUCAGAAUAAUCAAAUAGCGGCAAAGAUGGGACGAGGUAAGGGGGGUGCUGAUGCAAAACCUCGAGGUCGCAUGACAGCUUAUGCCUUCUUCGUGCAGACAUGUCGCGAGGAGCAUAAAAAGAAGCAUCCGGAAGAAUCGGUCAUCUUUGCUGAAUUCUCACGAAAAUGUGCAGAAAGGUGGAAGACGAUGUUGGAUAAGGAAAAGAAGCGCUUUCAUGAGAUGGCUGAGAAAGACAAACAACGAUAUGAUAUGGAAAUGUCAAACUAUGUUCCACCAAAAGGUGUAGUUGUUGGUCGUGGAAAGAAACGAAAGCAUGUCAAAGAUCCAAAUGCACCAAAGCGUUCGCUUUCAGCAUUCUUUUGGUUUUGUCAUGAUGAAAGAUCUAAAGUAAAAGCGCUUAAUCCUGAGUAUGGUGUUGGAGAUAUCGCAAAAGAACUUGGAAGAAAAUGGUCAGAUUGUGUUCCUGAAGUCAAAGGAAAGUACGAGGCUAUGGCAGAUAAAGAUAAACAAAGAUAUGAACGUGUAAGUAUUCAUAUUCUUCUUAAGUGA